AUGUCAACUCCGCGGCUCAUGCCGACUUCGCCGCCCAUGCCACCACCGCCGCCCAUGCCGACUCCGUCACCCAUGCCGACUCUGCUACCCAUGCCACCUCCGUCGUCCAUGCCGCCUCCGCUUCCCAUGCCGACUGUGCCUCUAUGUCCCGCACCCGUGCAACCAUUCCUUCAACCAUUGUCGGGUUCGCUUCCUAUGCUUGUUCUUCAUCUGCCCAAUCUCGGUCUCGUUCGCACCACAAUUUUCUUCAACAAGUUCUUCAACAUUGUACCUCUUUAUGGGGCUGCUAUGGCCACAUACAAGCUUCAAUCAGUUGCAUUUGCAUUAUCUCAACUGUUAAACCGGGUGCAAUUCGUCGGAAUAGACCUUGGGAUCGCGACAUCACUUUUGGAAGCCAUGCGUUGA